UAGUCACCCAAAACUUCUUCUUUAUUCUCUCUUGAGUCUUCUCUUAAGUUUCUUAGCUCAAGGGAAAGGUAAGCUCAAGAGAAGAGAGGAAGAGUUAAACAAAGCUUAUUAUAGCUUGAUUUGGUAAUAAAAAUGGCUCCUGUUUCAUUGCCCCCCGGUUUUCGGUUUCAUCCAACAGAUGAAGAAUUGGUGGCUUACUAUCUUAAAAGAAAGAUUAAUGGCCGUACGAUUGAUCUUGAGAUUAUCCCUGAAGUUGAUCUUUAUAAGUGUGAACCUUGGGAGUUGCCUAGUAAGUCGUUAUUGCCAAGUAAAGAUUUGGAGUGGUAUUUCUUUAGCCCUAGAGAUCGCAAAUACCCAAAUGGUUCGAGGACUAAUCGUGCAACUAAGGCCGGAUAUUGGAAGGCUACAGGUAAAGACCGGAAGGUGAAUUCGCAUACAAGAGCAGUUGGUACGAAGAAAACGUUGGUUUAUUAUCGAGGCAGAGCACCUCAUGGUCACCGUUCAGAUUGGGUCAUGCAUGAGUAUCGCCUUGAUGAGCGAGAAUGUGAAGUUGCUUCUGGUGUUCAAGAUGCCUAUGCACUAUGUCGAAUAUUCAAGAAAACAACACCACCUACACCACCCAAGAUUACACCACACUAUGCCUCUUACGCUACAAAUAUGGCUCAUCAACUCUCAAGUGAUCAACAAUCCUCAAAUGUCGACAUUUAUUCUGAGGGCCGAUGCGACGAGUUCAAUAGCUCGCAUGACCAUAACGUGCCUAUAGAGCGACCAUGCACGACGACCAACCUCGUUGGACGUCAUGCAUCGUCUUCAUCAUCGUCGCAUCGUAAUAAUAUGUGUGAUGGUGGCCAAUGGUUGCAAUAUCUUAACGAUGAUCAACAAGAUUUCACCUUUCCCACACCAAGUUUUCCCAAUUGUAGCUCCAUGGCAUACCCCACUUCUAAGGUGGAAAUGGCAAUAGAGUGUGCAAGAUUCCAACAUCGAUUUACAUUGCCUCCUCUAGAAGUAGAGGAAUCUCCUAAUAAGUUUAUAGCAACAAAUUUGUGUGAUGAUCAGAUGGGAAUUUAUGAACCAUAUUUUAACAAUGGAAGUACUUGUAAUAAUGGUGGAGGCGAUAUUAUUUUAGAUGAAAUUUUAUCUGUAGCUCAAGCUCAACAACAUCUUAUUCAUCAAUCCAAUUCUUCUUCUUUGUUGGGAGGAUUAAGCUACAAUAUCAACCAUGGUGAUCCUAUCAUCAACUAUUCUUCAUGGGAGGAUUUCUCCGAUUUGGUUCAUUUUGAUCAUCCAAAUUUGUACAACAAGGAUCCUGGGGGAGAUUAUGGUACAGUGGCAAUAGAAAACAGUUCAACAUUUUUUAAUGGAGAACAAGAAAUUCAAGAUGGCUCUAAUACAGAUGAUAUCAAAGAAGAAUUCAUAAACGAAGACGAAAUAGACAAUUUCUCAAGCACUCCAAGUAUUGAGGAGAUAGAAGUGAACCAAAGGCGAUGUAUAACAUCUCAAUGGCUAGCUGAAACUAGAUUCCACCAAGUACAUCCCACAACUACGGUUCAAGUCUACUUGAUUGGAAUGCAAAACAAUAAGAUUGACUGGUAUAAAAAUGAUGCUAAAAAUAGUAAAAAAUCUUCAUUUUUCUACAAAAUCUUAGGGUUUGCAAGGAAUAGUCUUAAAGGAAGUGAGAAAUCUAAUAGAAAUAUGGGUGGCAAGAUAGAAGGGAUUGUGUCUAAUUGGUUAGGGGUUUGGCCUUUUGGCACUUUUUACCAUUUGGAUUAGUUACCCAUUUUACUAAUUUUACCCCUCUAAUUAAGGUUUAAUUAAUUAACUUUAUCAAUUACUUUGGAAAAUUAUGAUUUUUAGUCUUGUAUUUUUUUUCUUAUUCUUAUUGGUAGAUGAAGAAAAAGCUUAUUGUCAAUGAUGGUCAUGUG